AUGGUGCAAACAAGGGCUCAGGUAAGAGCACAAGCUUCUGCGCUCGGACAGGCCAGCACCAGCAAUGCCACCCAGAACGUUGCGGCGCAGAAUCAAGCAAACAGCAAGCCCCAGCCGAAAGGUCAAGCGAAAAGGAAAACACCAGCCAAGCGUGCGUCCAAAGUAGUCAAGCCUGCUUCACAGACACAAGCGAAACACAAACCUACAGGAAAGCGCCGAGCGAGACCCAAUAGAACAGGUUGGGAUCGACCAAAGGUCAAGAAGUCCUCGAAGAAGAAGGACAGUGGAAAGAAAACCACGACCCCAGCUGCUGCGAACGACGUGGGUGGAGCGCAAGGGUCAGCAGCCAAUCCUCCUCCUGGAACGGCAGCACCUCCCCCUCAGGCUGCUUUACCUACUGGAAAUGGCCCGAUUCCUAGUCCGACUACAUCGGAAGGACCCGAGUUCGAAACGCCCCUGAGGGCGUCAGAGGAGACCAUUGCUGCGGCCAGGUUAGAGGAGUCCUCGAAUGUGGGAAAAGGGUUUAGGAAUCCAGGUCGCCUCUGCUACCGGAACGCCAUCAUAGUCAUGUUACUGCAUAACAACCGUUUGAUGUCCUGGAUCGAAAACCGGCACAUUCCCAACCUGGUGGGAGCUGGGCUGAGGGUCAAACCUUACAGCACACCUCUCAUCGAUGCAUUGCUCGGCUUCGAAGCCGAUGCUGAAGCUGCGAUAUCGUUGCCGAUCGACUAUACCGACGUGUGGUGUGAAUUGUUUGAUUUGAGCCGAGCAUACUGGGAUGAGAGCCAUAGUCAGCCAAAGACGCUCUACGAGGCCAUGGAUAUCUUUUGGAACUACGCUACGAAUCCGCGCCGUGACGUAGAAAGGAGCUCGUUCUUACCUGUGGAGGAGAGACCCACGACGAAAAUGAAGGCGGCCACAGAAGAUCAGGACGCUCACGAGUUCCUGACCUGGUUGAUCGAACUCAGUGUCGACCAGCUCAAUUACUUUACAGAGGAAAAGGUGCUCGAAAACAAACUGGACCAAGCCACCUUGGACAAGGUGAUUGACUUGGCUCGCGUAAAUAUAAAUGAGUUGGUGCAAGUCACCCAAACAGUGCGCAACCGGUGCACGCAGUGCGGCUCGACUCGCAAUGUCAAGAUCCGUGCCUUACAACUAGACGAGGAGAAAAUAUUGUCCCUUCCCCUGGCAGCCACAACCGAUCGCAGUGUGCCGGUGACGCUGGAAGACUGCUUUGCAAAGAACUCCAACCCCAAAGAUGGAGGCGACUGGCGCUGCGAGAACUGCAACAUUGGCGCUGCCUCAAGCAAUCAAAACCGCGCCAACGGCGGUACAUGGAAGAACAUCUGCGUGCCGCCCGAGGUCCUGUUUGUCCAUCUCGUGCGCUUCAAAAUCCAAAGGGGCCGAAAAGGCACCUUCAGGUGGACAAAGGACUCCACAGAGGUCACGAUCCCAGAGGAGCUGGACCUGACGCCUUUUCUCGAGAAACGAGGGGAGCCUGCUAAUAUCUCGGCCAAGUACCGGCUUCAGGCCGUCGUGAACCACCAAGGCUCCAGAAAUGAAGGCCAUUAUAUUGGCGCUGCUCGCCGCGGAGAUGGCUGGUACGUGUUCAACGAUGGGUCAACAGUCAAGAAGACCUCUUUGUCAGACAUUCUCAGCCACAAGGACGGUUUCACGCCCUAUGUGCUUCUUUACGAAAAGGCCGUCGACGACAACGAGAUCGAGGACGAGGAUCCCGGCGCUGGGGACGAUGCAAACCCUGCAAGCGGUGCUGAUGGUGCUGGGGAUGACGCCGGUGCUAGAAAGACUGGGAACAGGAAGGGCGACAACAACAAGAGGAAGAGGAAGGAGAAGAACAAUGCUGAUUCAAGCACGCAAAGAACAGGUAGAAGCCAAGCUCCCGCCAACGGUGCACAAGCUGGCCUCCAGCAGACUUCAUCUGCCCAAAUCAAGGUCGCCAUGGAGAAAGACCCCCGUCCCUGCCAGUUGUUCAUCCACAUCAGGGCGUGCAUCGGCCAGUACGAGAUCUACUUCCCGACAUUCGCUCUGGAAAACUACGUGCCAAACUCCAGCGUUGAGCGUGGCGGCUACUUCGCCGUACAGACGAUGGACGCAGCAGGCAACACAAUGGAGAUGGAAGGAUCUGCUUCAGUCCAAAGCGCCGCACAAGGGGAAAAAGACUACUCUAUUAUCUUGUUGGAGCCCACUCGCUGGCCCGGAUGGGCGCUGUGGGCAGAGAGGGGCGCACGACUUGGCCACGACGGCGUCCGCGAGGAAUUCAUGCGGUCUAUGAGCGAAGGGACUGAACUGGAUCCUGAUGUUCUUCCCAAUGUUCCGACGUACAGUCCCAGCGAACGCCAUCCACCGACCACCCAUGCUGCCGCUGGAUUUGGCAUGCCCGGGCAUCCUCCUCCUCCCAGAGCCACCUUCUCUCCUGGGGCCUCGCGACAACGGUCACAGUCAGUGAUCUCGAACAACAACGGAAUUCCGGCGCCGGCGUCCUCACCCACCACGCGAGAUCUCCUGCACGCGUACAAGACGGAAAUCGUUCGCCUCAGAAACCAACUCACCGAGACCGACGACCGACACCAGCGCACAAUCGCCGCGCUCACGACCAAAGUCGCAAAGCAGGAAGAGUUGUUGGAGAUGUACGCCAACGGCGCCGUCGAGGUAGGGUUCUACUGGCAAAGCCAAGAGGACGAAUGGAAGGGUCGAGAGGCGAAGUUGAAUGCCAAAAUCCUGAAGCUGCAAGGGUGGAACGAUGGGUUGACGGAGGCAUUAGGUUACUGUCGGCGUGAACAUCGAUGGACCCAUAAUUUGAAUAAUCCGUGCGCAGCGGAGAUUGGUCUGGGCAUCCAGGGUGUCGAUUAUCCCAAUACCAACGCCACGGAGCAAGGCACGGGUCCGGGAGAGGCAGCAGAGGUAGGAGCAGGAGCAGGAGCAGGAGCGGGAGCGGGACAGAAGAGAACGUUCGACCAGGUAGCCGGCACCGGCGAAGACGGGGCGCAAGCCAGAGCCACUAAGCGAGUCAAGUUCGCCACUACCAACACCAGCAAUGCGCAGGCGGAGGCGCCGUCGACGGAGCAGAAUCAGCCUUUGCCGGCUGAUAUCAUCGACUACGACGACCGUCGUUUGACCGACCUACACUACGAUUCCGCGGGAAACCCUCUCUACAGUGACGAGUCAGAGGACGACGAUGAUGACAGUGAAGAUGGUGGAGAGGAUGGGGAUGAUGUUGUGCCACCCCGUGGCCAGCGAGAGCAAGCGCCCGAGCCGGAGGAUAUCGCUGCCAACGAGGACGAGGACGACACCGACGACGAGGAAAUCCACUCAAUCCACCACGAAGAAAGCCCCCUGCCAGACUACGAGGACAUGGUCCCCGAGGACGAACGGUACGACGCCUCGGCCGAAACCUCGCCCUACCGCAUGUUAUACAGCGACUACGCCGCCGCGCGGUAUGGGUCGCGCCGCCAACGAUUCCCAUCGACGCCGACACCUGCAAACCGUAAUAAUGUGAUCCACCACCAGCAGCAGCAGCAGCAGCCGAGAACGUCGCCGCGGACGGCACCCCCGCCUACUGGCAGGUCGUCGAGACCCAGCCCGAUCCAAACGCGCCACACUCAGGGCCUGGGCCGCGUGGAUGGUCGCGUGCGCAGCAGUCCGCAGUACUACCAGACAGGCACGGCAAACAGCGCCAGCAAGGCGGGAGAGUAUCCAUAUGGAUGUCAGGUCCAUUUCGAUGAGGAUGGGGUGCCGCAUUAUACACCGAUGUGGAUGCCACAGACCCAAAAUAGGGGGUUGGGGAUAUACUGA